UCUUCCAUCUCAUAAUCAUUCGUAUAACUCGCAAAGCAUCGCUCAAGUAACGGUCAUAUACCAUUCACCAAUUCUCGUUCCAUCCGAGCUCAUACAUACCCGACCGGCAUUUGACACCUGCCAGCACAUUUGUCACGUCUGUAUAAAGCACAUCGGAUAUCCCCAACUGUCCGUCCACACGCCCACACGCAGCAACUGCAAGCGGGUGUCUCAACCUUGGUCGAAGCGACAGCACCAUCCAUACUUAUAAAAGAAGCACAUUCCGUCAGUCAAAAUGGGCGAAGAUCUUCACGCCUCCAUCACUCGUGUGCGCCUUGCUCUUCUGCAAUCUCAAGUUCGCGAGCACCCUGGCACUUCGCCCGUUCGCCGCCGCAGAAGAAGCAUCUCGACGGCUGUGGCAUACGCCGGAUCCAAGGACGGAGUUCCUCUUUUCGCCAAGCAGAGGGUCGUUCGCGUUGCUCUCUGAGGAAGGCUUCAUUUCUUUGAUCACCUCAUCUCUCGGCACUACUUUCUCUUUUUUUACAGCCUCUGUGGCCUUGGAUUACCACCUUUUUUUUUUUGGUCUGGCUCAUAUCAUUGGUCCUCAUCCACCAUGUCUCCUCAUCAGGUCAACAAUGAUCAGCAACAGGAGCAGAAGCAGGGUUCUUCGGCGGGAGGCGGCGGGAUUUCAUCAAAGGCUCCGCUUGGUUAUGGUGGGUUGGGCGGAUUAGGCAAAAGUCCCAAACACUGGCUCAUGGGCGACGAGGCGUUUGAGGCGAGAAUGCCUCAUCAUGAUGGAGUACAGGCACUGUGGGAGACCAAGUGGAAGUUCCCAGUAAGUUUCCUCUGUGCCAUCGGUUUUUGGCUUUCGUCAUUUUUUUUUUCUCCCUGUUUUACUACUCAGGUUUUUUUCUGGCUUCAUGGGAGCAAAAAGGGAUCAUCAUAGCAAGGGAGAAGUGUUUUGGGGAAACAAAACAGUACCAUCAUCACCUCGAGUCAAUUCAAUCUGGGUUUCAUCCAUCACCUUAACUGCUUGUUUUGUCCAUUUUGCAAUCACAAUGAUUUGGCCUUUUUUUCCAUCUUUUGUCAUUUCCAAAGCGAGCGACGCAGCCAAGAAAUCUUCCCAACCCAUGCAAAUACAAUGUUAAAACU